AUGAUGCGUAUGACAACUGUGAACGCUAUUAAACUGGCCUACAACCAUCCAUACAUCGGUGCCUUAAUAUGUCGCAGUAUCUCGUGUUCACCUACACACGCAGCGAUGGAUACUAAAGAAGACCCAGAGUUUGAUGAGGAAACCUUCCAAGCACCUAAGGGCCCCAUCAGAGUUGAUUCUGAACGAAUGGCAGAGUUCAAGAAAAAGAUGAAGGAGGAUAUGGUGGCUACUGAUUUUAACAGGUACAAUUUGAUGGUCACCAAAGAGAAUGACCCGCUGCCUCCGUGGCCAAAUAACGUGAACCCUCACACUGGAGAGGUCGGAGGCCCAAAGGGACCAGAGCCGACCAGAUACGGAGAUUGGGAGAGGAAAGGCAUCUGUGUUGAUUUUUGA